AUGUCUCGGUCACCCCACCUCCCACCCCGCUGCCCGCCGCUGGGUCCUCAGAUCACUCGAAGGGAUGACAGCAUGUUCACGCAGAGCUGCAGGUUUCCAUCCGGGGAUCCGUUCUUUGGUGAACCGCCGUGCUGGCUCGAUGAUCUCCUUGCGGAUUCUGGGAAAGCUCCCAAGCUUCCUCCCCUCAGAAGGGCCUGUAGCGAUUCUGAUGCCAUCUUGGAUGCACUGUCGACAUUCCAAAGCCCAAUUUAUCCGAUUGAGGAAGGCGAUCUAAACUCAGGUGGUGAAGCUGAGGACUUGUUGGAUGCUGGCGAAGGUGGUGAAAGCGGUUCUGUGGUCGAGGCUAGCUGUGUUUAUGGUCCGAAUUCGCCAAGACAGAAGAGUAGGCUGACAUCUUCGGAGAGUUCCAUGGUAAAUGCUGUGCUUGAGAAUGUCCCCAGCAACCCCUUGCAGUACCUGACCAUCGAUGCCUCCAGUGGUGUGAAUGGUAAUGUGGCCAGUGGAACUGCUGAUGCCUGUGAUGCUUUUGGCCAUCCUGAUCAAGACAAGUCAUUUAAAAGGCGUUCAGGACAAAGAUCUAGGGUCCGGAAACUUCAAUACAUUGCUGAACUUGAAAGAACUGUUGACUCACUUCAGAACAUGGGAGCUGAUUUGGCUGUCAGAGUGUCAUCACUUUUCCAGCUUCAUAAUGCUCUAUCAAUGGAAAACAAGCAACUGAGGAUGCAGAUUUCCAGUCUUCAGCAUGCAAAACUGAUUAAGGAUGGUCAGACGCAUGCCCUAAAGAAUGAAGCUGAAAGGUUAAAGCAGAUGUCUGCCCGUCACCGCCGGAGCAGAAGCGUCACUUCCUGUUAUGACCCAAGCUCUUUCGGAGCAGACGCGUCUACAGUUAAUUGGCAGAUGCCUGACAUGGCAAGGCUCAACCUGAAGGGCAGCUCUGUCUCCCCAAGAGGCGGCUAUGGUCUGUGA